AUGGCGGACCCCUUCGGUGACGGAUUGUUCAGCGUGUUUGACGAUGAACAACAAAGUUCCACCAGCAAAAAAGCCCCACCGGGGGUUGUUGCGGAAACAGGGAAAGUCUUGGGCAAAAACGGCUGUGACAAAGAUGGAUCUCCACCUGUUCGGGGCAAAAGGGAGGCAGACGGUGACGGAGGGGAUGAGAUGGUUUUUGGGAAGAAACCUAAACACGAGACAGCCUCAGCUAGUGACCUAAAUCUUUCAGAAUUUAUGCCUCAGGUGAAGGUGGAGCAGGUGGAAACGGUUGAAGGAUGCUCACAUGAGGUUGCACUUCCCGAAGAUGAGGACUAUAAACCACUGAAACCAAGAGUGGGAAAAGCAGCUAAGGAGUACCCUUUUGUACUCGAUCCUUUCCAGCGUGAGGCCAUCUUAUGCAUCGAUAACAACCAGUCGGUUCUUGUGUCUGCACACACCUCUGCUGGAAAGACUGUUUGUGCUGAAUAUGCCAUCGCACUGGCUCUCAGAGAGAAGCAGAGGGUCAUCUUCACCAGCCCCAUCAAGGCCCUGUCCAACCAGAAGUACAGAGAGAUGUACGAGGAGUUCCAGGACGUGGGCCUGAUGACCGGCGACGUCACCAUCAACCCCACCGCCUCCUGCCUCGUCAUGACAACCGAGAUCCUGAGGAGCAUGCUGUACCGAGGGUCGGAGAUCAUGAGGGAAGUGGCAUGGGUCGUUUUUGAUGAGAUCCAUUAUAUGAGAGAUGCAGAGCGUGGCGUAGUCUGGGAGGAGACCAUUAUCCUCCUUCCUGACAACGUGCAUUACGUCUUCCUGUCUGCCACCAUCCCGAACGCCAAACAGUUUGCCGAGUGGAUCUGCCACCUGCACAAACAGCCCUGCCAUGUGGUCUACACAGAGUACCGCCCCACUCCUCUGCAACACUACGUCUUUCCAGCAGGGGGCGACGGACUCCACCUGGUGGUUGAUGAGAACGGGGACUUCAGAGAAGACAAUUUCAACACAGCCAUGCAGGUGCUGAGAGACACUGGGGAUUCUGGAGGCGGCAGCGGGUCUGGGAAGUGGGACCCAAGACGCAGGGGGGGCACUAAAGGCCCAUCGAGUGUUUUCAAGAUAGUGAAGAUGAUCAUGGAGAGGAACUUCCAGCCCGUUAUCAUUUUCAGCUUCAGUAAGAAGGAGUGUGAGGCCUACGCCCUCCAGGUGGCCAAGCUGGACUUCAACAGGGAUGAUGAGAAACGUCUGGUGGAAGAAGUGUUCAACAACGCCGUGGACUGUCUGUCAGAUGAGGACAAGAAGCUGCCUCAGGUGGAACAUGUGCUGCCCCUGUUGAAGAGGGGGAUAGGCAUCCAUCACGGAGGCCUGCUGCCCAUCCUGAAGGAGACCAUAGAGAUUCUUUUCUCUGAAGGCCUGAUUAAGGCCUUGUUUGCCACAGAGACGUUCGCCAUGGGCAUCAACAUGCCGGCUCGGACGGUUCUGUUCACCAGCGCCCGCAAGUAUGACGGAAAGAGCCACCGCUUUAUUACAUCAGGUGAGUACAUCCAGAUGUCUGGACGUGCCGGGAGGAGAGGAAUGGACGACAGGGGGAUUGUUAUUUUCAUGGUGGAUGAGAAAAUGAGUCCAGCUGUGGGCAAACAGCUGCUGAAGGGAUCUGCAGACCCUUUGAACAGCGCCUUCCACCUGACCUACAACAUGGUCCUGAACCUGUUGCGUGUGGAGGAAAUCAACCCCGAGUACAUGCUGGAGAAGUCCUUCUAUCAGUUCCAGCACUACAGAGCUCUGCCCGGCGUCGUGGAGAAAAUAAAGAAGCUGGAGGAGCAGUACCACACCAUCGAGAUCCCCAACGAAGAGAGCGUGGAGUUCAUCCACAAACCCAAAUACUGCCUCCCCUUCCUGCAGCCGGGCCGACUGGUCAAGGUGAAGAACCAGGAGGCCGACUUCGGCUGGGGAGUCGUCGUAAACUUUAGCAAGAAGGCAAACGUGAAGGCCAGCACGGAGUUCGAUCCGCUCUACGUGGUGGAGGUGUUGCUCCACUGUAGCAAAGACAGCGUGAAGAACUCGGCCACCGAGGCCGCCAAGCCCGCCGCCCCGGGGGAGACGGGAGAGAUGCAGGUGGUUCCCGUGAUGCUCAGUCUCCUCACCUCCAUCAGCUCCGUCCGCCUCUACAUCCCCAAAGACCUGAGGCCGUUCGACAACAGGCAGCUCAUGCUGAAGUCCAUCCAGAAGGUGGAGGCCUUCGAGCACCGCAUGUACACCCACCCCCUGCACAGCGACCCCAACCUGGAGUCGGUGUAUUCCCUCUGUGAGAAGAAGGCUCUGAUUGCUACCGAUGUCCGAGCGGCCAAACAGGAGCUGAAGAAGGCGCGGACCGUCCUGCAGAUGGACGAGCUCAAGUGCCGCAAGAGGGUUCUGCGCCGGCUGGGCUUCGCCAGUCCCUCCGACGUCAUCGAAAUGAAAGGAAGGGUGGCCUGCGAAAUCAGCAGUGCUGACGAGCUCCUGCUGACCGACAUGGUGUUCAACGGCCUCUUCAACAACCUGACGGCCGAACAGGCCACCGCCCUGCUGUCCUGCUUCGUCUUCCAGGAAAACGCCAGCGAGAUGCCCAAGCUGACCGAACAGCUGGCCGCGCCACUCAGGCAGAUGCAGGUGAGGAAAGGGACCUGA